UAUACAGUCAAUGGCACAACCGGAGCCAGCGUAAGAAGAGCGGUAGAAGCCCGGAGCAGCGACACUCACGGACAAAACCCGGGACAUCCAGACUGUGGCGGAGAGAAGACAAGUCCACUGACGAUACCAGCGAUAAUCCAAAGCAGACGAACUAUAGAGCACAACUGAUUCUGACAUGCACUUUGAGAAAACGUCAAAGGAGAAGCCGUGCACUCAGCCCACUGUGAAGAAACUCCUGGAGCAGAAGAGGAAGAGGGAAACAUCUUCAGUGCUGCCAUCUUGCUCCCACUCCAGCCUUGCUCCUCCAACUUACACACUGUCUGAAGGAGAACCUUCAGAUUGUCCAGGUGGAUCAAACAUACAGUCAGAAAUGGCAGUGAGUUCUCAGAUGUGGACUCCAGCACAGUGCAGUUACCCCUCAUCACAACCAGGACCAAGCUACACCCAUUCGUACAGUCUGUCAGGCACCCCAGAAUAUGAACCACUGUCCCAUCUCCCAACCUUUGGCAACACACAGCCUCAGCCAUAUCAGGAACCCUUGAUGACAGACCUGAAUUUAAGUUCACCAUGGUCAGUAGUUGGGGUGGGUUCCAGCCAGAAUUCAGUAUUGAAUUUUGUUACUCCAUUGGAUGAAAACAAACUGCAAGAAGCCACGAUGUUCAUCAGUGGAAUGGACUAUAGCAGGACCACUGAGCAGGAUGAAGAUGGGGACACCAUGCUGCAUAUCUACACUGCCAAAGGCCUCCGGGAGUGUGCCUACGCUGCUGCAGAGAGACUCAGAUCAGUGGGAAGGCUGGAUGCAAAAGAACACAAGGGCAAGACAGCUUUACUGGUGGCAGUAGCUGCUAAUCAUCCAGAGAUUGUACAUGAUCUUCUGUUACUGGGGGCAGAUAUUAAUGCAUGUGACAUAAAUGGGCAGACUGCUCUUCAUCUGGCUGCUCACUAUGGCUACAGCAUGGUCCUGCAGGUCCUACUAAGUGUGCAUUCUGCUAACCUAGAGGCACGCAACUUUGAGGGAAUGACACCUUUGCACUGUGCAGCCCUGUCCCACUGUGCAGAGAUGAAAACCAUAUAUACUGGUGGACUGUCAGAUGGAAGAGCUACAGAGAAACUGACCUGUGUCGACUUGCUACUCACUGCUGGGGCAUCUCUGCUCAGUCAGGAAAUUAAGAGUAAUAAGACUGUGCUGCACUUAGCUGUGAAGGAGGGGAACAUUGUUCUGGUCCGUUUUCUGCUCAGGAAUCCACUGGCCAAUAUGAAAGUGUUUGUUGAUGUGAAAGAGUUUGUCAAUAUGAAAGCCCAUGGACACACGGCUUUACACAUGGCGGCUGGUCUCCAUGGUAACCCUCAUCAGAAGGAGAUGAUGCAGCUGCUGCUGAGCCGCGGGGCUGAUCCCAGCAUCCGUAACCUGGAGAAUGUCCAGGCGGCACACCUGCUACAGAGAGGACCUGAGGGAGAGCAGCUCAAGGUCUUGUUAAAGAGACGCAACACCUCUUCUCGGCGCCGUGUAUUGUCCUUACAGGACCCAGAAUGAGUUCCUCAUUUGAAUCUAACACAUACUUCCUAUGUUGGGAAGAGAUGUUUUUGGGAGUACUUGGUCUUUUUUACCAAAAGCAUAGACAUUAAUUCACAUUGGAUUAAACAAGUAGUGCCUUAUAUCACAUUACUCAAGGGCUAGCAAUAUUUACAUAUUUAUGUCAUUUGUUUUUUAUUUUAUUUAAACACUGUGACUAUAUAUUUGCAGGCGAGAUCAGCCUGAUUCACCUUUUAUUUUUUCAUCUUAUAUGAAGACUGUAUGCAUUAGACUUAUAAAGCUUCUAUUGAAGAGCUGCUUUUUGAUGAAAGGCCACACUCCCACUUAUUGUUGAUUUCUGUGAAAUCGUUAAUUUGGGAACUAUGUUCCUCAAACUCAUUUGUUUUUGUCAAAAUUCCAUCUUCAGUCAUAGUUUUGACUUGAGUCCAGGUUGGUGUGACUUGUUUCUGUAUGUAUCAUACUUAUAAUAUCAGAUCAAUUCAUUGUCAUUGAAAAACAUAAUUUACUGUGUAAAAUGAGUCUGUUUUGAGUAAGUUGUGUGACACAUGCUAUAAAAUGUACUUUUCUGUUAUGAGUCAUCUCAUUAAACUCACCUUGAGUUCCAUAA